AUCUACUCUGAUGUACUGAACAGUUAAAAAGAAAGUCUUCCAGUUUGCCAAACCCUAACAACGGCAAUAGAAACGAACCCCAAACACCAUUCACGUACACAACGAACUGAGUGAAACAUACCGAAGACAAGAAACCUAAUUCUCCUCAAAAUUCUCAACCCUUAGACACCAAUGCUCCGCAGAAAGGCCUCCAUUAGCGCUUGAAUUUCCCUGUUUUGAGCUUGGACCUAUGUCGCUCCCCGGUGACCGCCGGGAAGGGCCCUCUCCGGUCUCCGGCGGCGGAAAUGAGGUCUUAACGGCUGACUCGAGCCGGUCAAUGACGGUGGCUCAGAUGGUGGCGUCAAGCCAGAGGCUCAGGUUGAACCCGAACAAGGACCACAAGCCCGACAGCUACGAGGACCUGCAAGUGGAUUUUAGCCCCUCGAUUUUCAGCUCCUUGGAGCGGUAUUUGCCUCCGAGCAUGCUGGGCGUGUCCCGAGACGAUAAAGUCAAGUUCAUGAGGGAGAUUCUGGUUAAGUACUUGCCCCAUGGAGAGCGCAACAGAGUUCAAAAACAUAGAGACUACAGGAAGAAGAUAAUAUCAAAUUAUCUGCCUCUACAUAAAGAGCUGUACACCAUACACCCUACAAUGUUCUUUGUUCCAUCAUUUCUGAAAGCUAUAAGCGAUAAUACAGAGGAAAGCUUUAGAAGUAUGAUGUCUGAACCCUCACCUGGUGUGUUUACAUUUGAAAUGCUUCAACCACGCUUCUGUGAACUAUUGUUAGCUGAGGUGGAGAAUUUCGAAAAGUGGGUUAAUGAAACAAAAUUCCGAAUCAUGCGACCAAAUACAAUGAAUAAAUUUGGAGCUGUUCUAGAUGAUUUUGGUCUUGAAACCAUGCUUGACAAGCUUAUGGAGGGUUUUAUUCGUCCCAUGUCUAAAGUGUUCUUUCCUGAAGUUGGUGGAUCAACUCUGGAUUCUCAUCAUGGGUUUGUUGUUGAAUAUGGUAAAGAUAGGGAUGUUGACUUGGGUUUUCAUGUAGAUGACUCAGAAGUAACUUUGAAUGUGUGCUUGGGUAAGCAAUUUUCUGGAGGAGAAUUGUUUUUUCGGGGCACGCGAUGUGAUAAACAUGUAAAUACAGGAAGUCAGUCAGAGGAGAUCUUUGAUUAUUCACAUGUCCCGGGCCGAGCUGUACUUCAUCGUGGUCGUCACCGCCAUGGUGCUAGGGCCACAACAUCUGGUCAUCGUAUUAACCUGCUCCUGUGGUGCAGAAGUUCGGUGUUUAGAGAGAUGAAGAAGUAUCAAAAAGAUUUCUCCAGCUGGUGUGGGGAAUGCUUACGUGAAAAGAAAGAGCGGCAACGCUUGUCAAUUGCUGCUACCAAAUCGGGAAACCCGUUGGACAUGAAGAACACUCCCAUCAACCCUGCCGUGCCCCUCAUCACAUUCAACUUUCUUCAUGCUUUGUUCAACUAGUUCAAGUCCUUAAGGCUUCAUUUGGAAAAUGAAAGAAGCUAGGGAAGGAAGGGGAAGUUGUUGAAUUGCUUAGGAAAUGUAUUGUACAAUAGAAAUAAGAAGGUGUUACAUAUUUACUUCCCAAUGGGUGGGAUAACAUUUUUUAUUUCCCAAGAAAGAGGGAACAUUUAGAGUGAGAGGAAGGGAGAGAGGCAGAUGUAAGUUUAUGCAAACUUAAAAUUUUGAAGAAAGACUAUCAACAUGAACUUCCCCCUAACUCUC